GUGCUCCUCCAGCCAGCGGGGGACCCCGUCACGGAAGUGGGUGGAUUAGUCAUUUCUUACGUAAACGAGCGAUGAUGUGGCGCCUGAUCUGGGCCAUUUUUGUCUGAGCCUCCCUCGCAUUUCACGGCGCGACUCGCACAAUAGAUACAACUCUUGAAAACAUCAAGAAAUUCAUCAUCCACCAUGAGCAGACCCAUCGUGAUUUCUGGCCCUUCAGGCACUGGUAAGUCCACCUUGUUGAAGAAGCUCUUCGCUGAGUUCCCAGGCAAGUUUGGCUUCUCCGUCUCCAACACCACCAGACAGCCAAGAGAAGGCGAAGUGGACGGUAAGGACUACCACUUCACCACGGUGGAAAACUUCCAAAAGGCCAUUGAGGAAAAAAAAUUUAUUGAGUGGGCCCAGUUUUCCGGCAACUACUACGGCACUAGCAUCAAGGCCGUCAAGGACGUGGCUGACAAGGGCUUGGUGUGCUUGUUGGACAUCGACAUGCAAGGAGUCAAGUCUGUCAAGCAAACUGACUUGAACGCACGCUACUUGUUCUUGGCUCCUCCCUCUAUCGAAACCUUGAGACAGAGAUUGGAGUCCAGAGGCACGGAAACCGCCGACUCGCUUGAAAAGAGAAUUGCUGCUGCCUCUGCCGAGCUUGCCUACGCUGAAACCGGUGCUCACGACAAGAUCAUCGUCAACGACGACUUGGAGAAGGCAUACACCGAGUUCAGAUCGUUCAUCUUGGACCAAUAAAGGGCCACGCGGCCGCGGAUACCCUAGGUACUUCUAUAGACGCCGUAUUACUAGCCUGUAGAAGCCAUUUACUCGUUAAACACCCUG